UUUGUUCGCCCACAUUUUCUUUGGGCCGAAAGUGCUGAUUUUCGCGUGCGAGUUAAAAUUUUUCUUUCCCUUUCCUCCUGACACCUAUUUUGAAUUUAUUCUCUCCCUUUCACGAUUGACACCACAGCGCUGCUUGGGUUCUAGGGAGAAUUUCUACCGCAUUUCAGAGCAACCACAGCCAAUUUCACAAUGGGAAAGCGAGUAGCCGACAAGCAGCUUACGCAGCUGAAUCACGAUGAAAGCGACAGCGAGGAAAGCGCCGGCAAUUUCGAAGGCACCUUCCGCAAGGCAAAUGAAGAGGUCCUGGCCACGCGCGUCAUUAAGAAGCCAAAGUCGCGGCUGCGGGGUGGUCCGUCGGCCAAUGCACCCACAUUGCCCACAAACUCGUUUGCGGGUUUUGGAUCGACAACGCCAGCAGCUGACAGCAGUGCCGAUGCCGCAGAGCCACCCAAGAAGAAGCCGACGUUUGCUGGCUUCUCCUUUGGCAGUACCGUGGAGAAGAAGCAAGAGGAGGACGCGCCGAAGCCGGCAGCCAGCUCAUCGGGAUUCAGCUUUGGUUCGUUCAAUCAGUCAAAGCCUGCUGAGGCGGAAUCAAAACUAGAGGCCGGCUCUGGAUUCAAAAUCGGGUCGUUUGGCCAGGCAACGACCGCUGGGAACCCAGCCAUCAGUCCAUCUGGGUUCGGCUUUGGUGGCCCUGCUCGCAAAUCCGAGGACAACAAGCCGGCAGCCAGCACGUCCGGGUUCUCCUUUGGAGGAUUUGGCAACUCUAAGCCGGCAGAGGAGGCGGCGAAGCCUGCGACUAGCUCUGGGUUUAGCUUUGGAAGUACGGCAGCCAAGACAGAAACGUCUAAGCCGGCAGCUAGCUCAUCGGGAUUCAGUUUUGGCGCGCUUGAGAAGCCAAUGCCUGCCGAAAAGACUGCCGAGACGCCUGCAAAGCCCACUACCGGUUUCUCGAUGCCUGCUUUCAAGCCGCCCACUGCUGCGGAUGCGUCUAAUUCUGGGUUCAAGUCAUCGAUAUUUGCCAGCCAGGCAACAAAGCCCACCUUCUCCUCGUUCGUACCACCUGCAGGUAGUGCACCAGCUGCCCUUGCACCCAAGAAUGAUGAAGUCGAGAGCAUGGACGAGGACCGAGACGAGGAGUACUACAAAAACAUCCGCGGGCUCAACGUGUCGAUUCAGAAGAAGAUUAACGACGCUGUAUCCGCCAAUGCCUUUGUCAAUCUGACACCGCUGCUGGAGCAGUACAAGAAGCACUGGGACGCCAUCAACAAGCCCGCUGCAGGUGUACCAGUGAGCGAUACCAAAAUGGUGUCGCCGGUCAAGCCUACUGCACCUGCUACGUUCGGGGCAAAGCCUGAGGAGGCGAAGAAGAGCGAGGAGAAGCCAGUGCCGGCCUUUGGAAUUGCUGCUGCCUCGAAGGAGUCAACUGACUCGUCGCAGCCAAAGUUUGGAUUCAAGGCGGCUGUGACGUCGCCUGCAAAGCCGUCGUCGGGAUUUAGCUUCAGCUUCACAAAGCCCAGUCCCGCCAGCGCGGCACCAGCCGAUGACAAGCCCAAGUUCUCAUUUGGAUUCUCCAAGCCUGGUGAGGCAGCCCCUGCUGCACAGGAGAAGCCAAAGUUCUCCUUUGGCAGCAUCGGCCAAUCUGCAGCAAGCAAGCCUGACGAGAGCCAGAAUGCAGAUGAUGACGCCGCAAACGAUGACGAAGAGAACGUGGAUGAGCCGCCCAAGAAGCCCACAACGGCCGGCGAGGAGGGCGAGACCACGGAGACCGAGACGCGCUCCAAGCUGUACAAGUGGGAUGCAGAGGCAAAGACAUACAAGGACUUGGGCAUCGGGAUCUUCAAGGUCAAAUCGUGGAGUGCCGACGGCGCAAAGCGCGCACGGCUACUGUGCCGCCAAGUCGGCUCAGAUAAGCUGACGCUCAAUGUGUCGGUGUUCCGGGAGAUGGUCACUGACCACCAGGACGGCAAGAAGGAGGUUGUAGUGAUGGUUAUUGUCGAUGGGAAGCCUGUGCGGUACCUGGUGCGCGUCAAGACCCCCGAGAUGGCCAAGGCGCUGUAUGAUGUGAUUGAGCGGGUCAAGGGCGAGCUCUGAGUGAGCAGAUUGCAUUGUGUGGGAUCGGUACAUCAAGAUAUAUUUAAAACUCAUUUCGAAGUAUUGCCGGUGCAGUUUAGUGUUGCUGAUGCUACUGAAUGCAGACAUCACCAGGACAUGGGAUGUUCAGGCUGAAUGGACAGUGGUAGAGGGGGU